CGGUCUGCUCGUUUUGAGGUUUAGUACCCAAGCCAGGCAGCGAAAGAGAGAGAAAGAGAGGGAGAGACCCAAUGCAAAGAUAGGAAGUGAGAGCUCCCAAGAACUAGUUGGGAUUUGAAGCCUAGGAGUUGAUGAUGCCGAGGUCGAGGCAACACCGCGCUACAUCAUCUCCAUGCCUCCUCCUCCAACUCUUUCGCUUCUUCUUCGUCUUCUUCUUCUUCUUUUUACGACUACCAUCUUUCUCUUCUUCAGCUACAGUCUUAUCUCGCAAUCCUGAAGUGGUUGCUCUAUUCAGCUGGAUCGACUCGUCUGUUUCUCCUCCUAAAGAGCUUUCGGACUGGAACCCAUCAGACUCCAGCCCAUGCAACUGGACCCACAUUGCCUGCGACUCCGCCGGCGCCGUCACCUCCCUCACCAUCCAGUCCCUGCCACUCGCCGUCCCCCUCCCCUCCGGCCUCUUUGCGGCCCUCCACUCCCUCUCCGUCCUCGUCGUCUCCGACGCCAACCUCACCGGCUCCAUCCCCCCCGACCUCUCCUCCUGCUCCCUCCUCACCCUCCUCGACCUCUCCUCCAACUCCCUCUCCGGUUCCAUCCCCCCUUCCCUCUCCCGCCUCCCAGAUUUGCACUCCCUUAUCCUUAACUCCAACCAGCUCUCUGGCCCGGUCCCCGCGGCGCUCGGCGGCGCCACCUCCCUCCGACACAUCCUCCUCCAUGACAACCGCCUCUCUGGGUCCCUCCCGGACACCCUCGGCAACCUCUCCCGCCUCGAGUCCCUCCGCGCCGGCGGCAACCGCGACCUCUCCGGCCCCAUCCCGGCCUCCCUCUCCCGCUGCGCCAACCUCUCCGUUCUCGGCCUCGCCGACACCAAGAUCUCCGGCCCCAUUCCUGCCUCCCUCGGCCAGCUCUCCAACCUCCAGACUCUCUCCAUCUACACUGCCAUGCUCUCCGGCUCCAUCCCGCCGGAGCUUGGCAACUGCUCCUCCCUCAUCAACCUCUUCCUCUACGAAAACGCCCUCUCCGGCCCUCUGCCGCCCUCCCUCGGCCGGCUCCCUAGACUCGAGCGCCUUCUCCUAUGGCAAAACUCGCUCUCCGGACCCAUUCCUGACUCCUUCGGCAAUCUCUCGUCGUUGCUGUCCAUCGACCUCUCCAUCAACUCCAUCUCCGGCGCCAUUCCGGCCUCCCUCGGCAAGCUCUCCGGCCUCCAGGACCUCAUGCUCAGCGACAACAAUGUUUCCGGCACGAUACCGCCGUCGCUCGCCAACCUCUCCUCGCUCUCCCAGCUCCAGCUAGACACCAACCAGAUCUCCGGCCUCAUCCCGCAGGAGUUCGGCGCGCUCUCCUCCCUCACCGUCCUCUUGGCAUGGCAGAACCAGCUGGAGGGCGCCAUUCCUCCCUCCCUCGCUUCUCUUUCUAAUCUCCAAGCGCUUGACCUCUCUCACAACCACCUCACUGGGCCCAUUCCUCCCGGCCUCUUCCUCCUCCCCAACCUCACCAAGUUGCUGCUUUUAUCCAAUGAUGUCUCGGGCUCCAUUCCGCCGGAGAUCGGCCGCUGCGGCUCUCUUGUUCGUCUCCGCCUCGGCAGCAACCGCAUCGGCGGCCAAAUACCUUCGGAGAUCGGCGGGCUCGAAAGCAUCAACUUUCUCGACCUCGCCGGCAACAGGAUAACCGGCUCCGUCCCCAUCGAGAUCGGGAACUGCUCCCGGCUCCAGAUGAUCGAUAUCAGCAACAACACUCUCAGCAGCGCCCUCCCUGAGUCGCUCUCUUCCAUUGCCGCACUGCAGGUGCUCGACGCGUCGCUCAACCGGUUCUCCGGCCCGAUACCGGCUAGCUUCAGCAAGCUCGGGGCAAUGAACAAGCUCGUGCUUGGCGGAAAUUCGCUGUCCGGGCCGAUACCCAAGUCGCUCGGCCAGUGUUCGAGCUUGGAAUUGCUGGACCUCAGCAGCAACCAGCUCUCCGGCAGCAUUCCGGACGAGCUCUUCCAGAUUGAGAGCCUCAACAUUGCAUUGAAUCUCAGCAGGAAUGCGCUCACCGGACCGAUCCCGGAUAAAAUUUCAGCACUCUACAGGCUAUCAGUGCUCGAUCUUUCCUCCAACAUGCUCGACGGCAGCCUCGCCCCGCUUGCCGGAUUAGAGAAUCUGGUCUCCCUCAAUGUCUCUAAUAACAACUUCACCGGCUACCUCCCGGACACCAAGCUCUUCCGCCAGCUAUCGGCCUCCGAGCUCGCCGGCAACCAGGGACUCUGCACUCACGGCGGGGAUGUGUGCUUCGUGAGCGUGGACGGCGACGGCCGGCAAGUGAUGACAGCACGAGAGGAGAGCAGAAGGUUGCGCAGGCUGAAGCUGGCGACCGCGCUGCUGAUCACCGCGACGGUGGCAAUGGUUCUCGGGACGAUUGGAGUCAUAAGAGCUAGGAGGAUGGGAGGAGGGAAGGGCGGGGAGGACAGCGACUCGGAGAUGGGCGGAGAGCUGUCGUGGCCAUGGCAGUUCACACCAUUCCAGAAGCUGAGCUUCUCGGUCGAGCAGGUGGUGCGGAGCCUCGUCGACGCCAACGUGAUCGGAAAAGGCUGCUCGGGGAUUGUCUACCGUGUGAGCAUGGACAACGGGGACGUGAUUGCCGUCAAGAAGCUCUGGCCGAGCACCGGAGCAGCAGCUCCGGUGAUCAAAGUUGACGGCAACAGUAACAGAGUCCGGGACUCGUUCUCAGCUGAGGUGCAGACGCUCGGCUCGGUCCGGCACAAGAACAUCGUGCGCUUUCUUGGCUGCUGCUGGAACAGGAGCACGCGGCUGCUCAUGUACGACUACAUGGCCAAUGGGAGCCUUGGAGGGCUGCUUCAUGAGCGCAGCGGCUUCUCCCUCGGUUGGGACUUGAGGUACAAGAUCAUCCUCGGGGCGGCGCAGGGUCUUGCUUACCUUCACCACGACUGUCUUCCCCCAAUAGUCCACAGGGACAUCAAGGCUAACAACAUCCUCAUCGGCCUCGACUUCGAUCCUUACAUCGCCGACUUCGGCCUCGCCAAGCUCGUCGAGGACGGCGACUUCGGCCGCUCCUCCAACACCGUCGCCGGAUCCUAUGGCUACAUCGCCCCUGUGGUUGCAGAGUAUGGAUACAUGAUGAAGAUCACCGAGAAAAGCGACGUGUUCAGCUACGGCGUGGUGGUGCUCGAGGUGCUGACAGGGAAGCAGCCGAUCGAUCCAACGAUCCCCGAUGGGUUGCAUGUGGUGGAUUGGGUGAGGCGGAGGAAGGGGAGCAUGGAGGUGCUCCACCCGAGCCUCAGGGGGCGGCCAGAUUCGGAGGUGGAGGAGAUGCUGCAGGUUCUUGCCGUGGCCCUGCUCUGUGUGAACCCUACCCCUGAUGACCGGCCGACGAUGAAGGACGUGGCUGCCAUGCUCGGAGAGAUCCGGCAUGAAAGGGAGGAAUACGCCAAGGUGGACGUCCUCCUCAAGGGCUCAUCACCAUCCCUGGCAAUGGUGAAUGCAACGACCACGACGUCGACUACGCUGUUGUGCCAACAGAGUAGCAUCAACAGUGACAAUACCAGCCUGUCUGCUUCUAGUGUCUACUCUUCCUCCAAGGCAAAAUAGCCCUUUGGUUUCAAUUCUGGUCAUCCUUCCUAAGAAUUAUUGUUGGUCUCUCUAUGUUUCCUUCUGUUUUGGCCUUAGUUCUUCGAUUCUAGCUCUGCUCAGCAUUGCCUUGGAAAGGUGGUGGUGGGACUGUAAAGAAGAAGAUUAGAUUAUUUGUUCUGGUUGUUGGUAUAGUUAGAGGCCUACAACAAAUCAAAACAAGAAGGGCUCAAUGCUGUUCAGAAUUUGUUCAAUACAUGAACUAAUGAUAUGGAUUAUGUUCCCAUAACUAUCGUCCCCCUCGAGUGGAAAAUUACUGUGGUUUGUUUGCUCGACUCUUGUAAGCUUCUCUGACAUCAGAGGAUAAGAGCUGGAAAGCCAUCAUCAAGUUUUCUAAAACGUGCAAGGUUCUCUUUUGCACCA